GUGGCUUUCGAUAACCACGUGGCCUCUAGAUGCAGCGCCAUCCGCCAGCUCCUCGCUACCAUCCUUCGUCGUUCCCCUGCUUAUCUUUCCUUUCUUUCCCCACCUCUCUAGCGCUUUCUCGAUCUUGAUCUCCAUCUCGAUAGAAGGGAGGAAAAGAUGGUGCUGUUUACGGUGACUUGGAAGGAGACGACUCCUUUCGAGGGGCAGAAACCCGGGACUUCGGGUCUCAGAAAGAAGGUGACAGUAUUUAAGCAACCUAAUUACCUGCAUAACUUUGUUCAAUCAACAUUUAAUGCACUUUCUGCCGACAAAGUGAAAGGUGCUACAAUUGUUGUUUCUGGGGAUGGCCGUUAUUUCUCAAAGGAUGCUAUUCAGAUUAUUAUCAAAAUGGCAGCUGCUAAUGGAGUAAGACGUAUUUGGGUUGGACAAAAUGGUUUACUGUCAACACCAGCAGUUUCAGCAGUCAUACGUGAAAGAGUUGGUGCAGAUGGAUCUAAGGCAACAGGAGCUUUUAUAUUGACAGCAAGUCACAACCCUGGUGGUCCGCAUGAGGAUUUUGGAAUCAAGUACAACAUGGAAAAUGGAGGGCCUGCUCCAGAGGCUAUUACUGACAAGAUCUUUGCAAAUACAAAAAUUAUAAAAGAAUACUUACUUGCAGAAGAUCUUCUAGAUGUAGAUAUUUCUGUCAUAGGUGUAAGUAGCUUCGAUGGGCCUGAAGGACCUUUUGAUGUGGAGGUCUUUGAUUCAACCACUGAUUAUGUAAAAUUGAUGAAGACAAUUUUUGACUUUGAGUCCAUUCAAAAGCUGCUUGCAUGUCCAAAGUUCACAUUCUGUUAUGAUGCACUUCAUGGUGUUGCUGGAAUUUAUGCCAAACGUAUUUUUGUUGAAGAGCUUGGUGCAAAUGAAAGUUCACUUAUGAAUUGCACUCCCAAGGAAGACUUUGGAGGGGGUCAUCCAGAUCCUAAUCUGACGUAUGCAAAGGAAUUAGUUGCACGAAUGGGACUGAGUAAAUCAGGCUCUCAAGGUGAACCACCUGAGUUUGGUGCUGCAGCUGAUGGUGAUGCAGAUCGUAACAUGAUCCUUGGCAAAAGAUUUUUUGUAACUCCAUCGGAUUCUGUUGCUAUAAUUGCUGCCAAUGCUGUUGAAGCCAUUCCAUAUUUCAGCUCCGGUUUGAAGGGGGUUGCCAGGAGUAUGCCAACAUCGGCUGCCCUUGAUGUUGUGGCAAAAAAUUUAAAUCUUAAAUUUUUUGAGGUACCGACUGGAUGGAAAUUUUUUGGGAACUUGAUGGAUGCUGGGCUUUGUUCAAUCUGUGGUGAAGAGAGCUUUGGAACUGGUUCGGAUCAUAUUCGUGAAAAGGAUGGAAUCUGGGCAGUUUUAGCUUGGCUUUCUAUUCUUGCUUACAGAAACAAGGACAAGCUUGAUGGGGAUAAGCUGGUCACAGUUGAAGAUAUAGUUCUUCAGCAUUGGGCCACUUAUGGUCGUCACUACUAUACUCGAUAUGACUAUGAGAAUGUUGAUGCUGGCGCAGCUAAGGAACUUAUGGAACAUUUGGUCAACCUGCAAUCCUCUCUUCCUGAUGUCAACAAGAUUAUCAAGGAGAUAAGACCAGAUGUCUCAAGUGUUGUCCAAGCGGAUGAAUUUGAAUACAAGGAUCCUGUGGAUGGGUCUAUCUCCAAGCAUCAGGGUAUCCGAUAUCUCUUUGAGGAUGGAUCACGACUGGUUUUCCGCCUCUCUGGGACUGGCUCCGUCGGUGCCACCAUUCGAGUCUACAUUGAGCAAUAUGAGAAGGACCCUAUGAAGACUGGGAGGGAUUCACAAGAAGCACUUGCUCCACUUGUGGCUGUGGCGAUCAAACUCUCAAAGAUGCAGGAGUUUACAGGACGAUCUGCUCCCACUGUUAUCACAUAAACCAGAGUAGAUUAACUAAUAAAAUAUGGGUCGAGCUUGCUUGGUUUUGUAUUGCAGUGGUGCGAGACCAGGGCAUCCUACAGGUAUUUUGACUUGAAAGUUUACCAAUACAGUCCAGUCUCAUCUUGUGGUGAGAAGAGUGUAAUAAAAUUUAUCCGAUACUGCUCUCCUUCAAACACGGAACCUUUUUUGGAUAACCAGUGAUCUGGCUUUCAUAAAACAGAUUUGUGAAUUCUUGCUUCCA